GUGCGGCCGGCCGGCCGCGUCAGUCCCGCGCAGCCUGGCGUCAUGAGCGGCACGCGUCCGCGGCGCGAGGGACAGGAGCGCGGCCGGGAGCGCGCGCCCGCCGAGCACAACAAGUGGCGGCAGUGAGCGGCAUGGACCUCAACGGCAGCCCAUGGCCGGGGGCCGCGGCGGCCGCCGCCCUGGUCAACGACACCCUGCUGCUGGCCGCCGGCCCCUACUCGUCAACGCCGCCGUCCUCGACCGCCGUGUGGGAGGACAACGUCACCGCCGUGGCCGUGCCCACCGUACCCGUCAGGCACAUCGGCCUGACUCUUGAGGUGGUUCUGACCGUGUGCUACGCGGUGGGCAUCGCCGGAAACCUGGCGGCGCUCGUGAUCCUGGUGCGCGGCGGGCGGCGCGCGCACCGCAACCGCCGACAUUCGCUCAUGCUGCGCUGCCUGGCCUGCAACGACCUGGUGGCGCUGCUCGGCAUGCUCCUCACCAUGCAGGCGCAGCUGCGCCUCCCCCAGGACCUGGUGCGCUCGCGCCCCUUCUGCGGGCUGCGCGUCUUGUGGCGCCUCUUCGGCCUGGGCUCCGGCUCCGUGGCGCUCGUCAUGGCGCUGGAGCGGUGGCUAGCGCUCACCAGGCCCUUCCUCUACCAGAAGCACAUCACCUACCACGUGGUUCGGCGAGCCAUCUUCUCCAUGUGGAGCCUGGUCCUGCUGCUGGUGUCGCUGCCGUUGUUCGGCUUCGGCCUGUACUACGACCCCCGGGAGCAGCGCUGCGCGCGCUACCCGCACGCCACGAAGCCCGCUGACAUCGCCUACGCUUACGUCUACUUUACAUUUGGCAUGCUGCUGAUCGCCAGCAUCCUCUGCUGCAACCUGCUGGUGGUGCGGCGGCUGCACCAGGCCGGCCACUCCAACUGGGGCCGCGUGCGCUGCCGGACCGUGGGCUCAAUGGGGAUGGGGACGUCGUCGGGGUGCUACGAAGGCGACCCCCAGCCGCAGCGGCGGCGCUGGGCGCUCGUCAGGGUGCUGCUGCUGAUGCGGCGCGGGCGGCCGGGCGCCGCCGACGAGCCCAAGGACGCCGCGGCGCAGGCCGAGCAGCCGCCGCCCCUCACCCGCCGCUACUCGCGCAGCAGCCGCACGGCGCGCACGCGCGCGCUGCAGCACUCCGAGUCCGUGGACUCGGCCACGCACGAGGAGACGGCCUUCGCCAAGCUCAUGGGCUUCCUCUGCGUGCUGUUCGUGCUGUGCUGGCUGCCGCAAAUGAUCGCCAUCCCCGUCACGCAGCUGUGGCCGGACUGGUCGCCGGGCAAGAAGUUCUCCCGCCUCGCCGACUUCUCGCUGCUGCUGCACUUCACGCUGGACCCGUUCGUGUACGUGCUGCAGAGCUGCACCCGGCGCCACCAGCACAAGUCCGUGACGCCGCCCGCGGCGCACCGGCACCCGGCGGCGCACGCCCCCGGCGCCGUGGGGCACGCCCUGGCGGGGGCGGCGGCCGCGGGGGCCGCGUCGGCCUGGCCAGCCUCGCCGGCCGCCGCGCAGCAGUCCCAGUCCUACAUGAGGAAGCUGGGCAGCUCGCUGCGGCUGUGCGGCGCGCUCGCGCUGUGCUCGUGCCGCGGUCAGGGCGAGAGCCGCGGCCGCCGGCGCCAAGACGGGCUGGAGCCCAACUCCAGGGACCUGUCGCUGCUGCACUACCCCUCGGCCUCCGUCAUCACGCGCUCGCACCACGUGCCCAAUUCGGUCGCACUGUGAGCCGAGAGGCAAGUGUGCUUUCCAGUCUACGCCGAGUAAGAAUCGUAGUCCGAGAGGUAGGGAGGGCGGGCCCUCACCCCUCUCACAGCUACCACAACCCAACCGCUAUCUCGGAGCCGGGAAGCUCUCGCGUAGCCUGGCCGAUUUCGUUUAAUCCGUCGAGGUGUGCGUUGUCAAGUAGAAUAUCCGCAAAUGCGGUUCGUGGGUUCCAAUUCCAUUGCUUCAGUAUGGCAUGUGUGGCCAGAUCUCAAGUUUUAAUGUUAAUGAAAUGCAUUCUAUAGCGAAUAUUUAUUAAAAUUAUGUACUUAAGUGUAUUUUAUUUUCUGGCGUAAUACCAUAAAAAUCUGGAUGUGUUGGUCAUAUUUCCAGACAUCCAAUGUAACUGAGGAUCAUACCAGUUCCGGUAAUAUUCUUAUUAGUCAACUGUGCCUUAGAAUGACCACGCACAGCAUUACUCAGUGUCGUAUGGAGAAACCCAGUCAGUAUUUUGUAAAUAAGCUAAGCUAUUAAAGUAUGGUAACAGAACUGAAGCACCUUUGACCCUUAUCAAUGUGAUUUAAGACAACUAAGCAGGUGUCCAUUAGUAGUUUUACUGCAUUAGAGAAUGGAUGACAUUAGAAUAAAAUAUCAAAGUGAAAAAACUUGUUUAAGUGAAUUAUUUGGGUUGAUCACUUGACAAUUCUCUAGUCAAAUUCAUGUAACUAGCAAUGCUUGUACUUUGUGCCAAUAAAAUCUGGAAUGAACUCA